AUGGCGGCCACUCCUUUGCUUCUUAUUGUAGCUGUUAUCAAGCUUAGUGACAUUGCAUUUGCAACCAAGAUCACUACACUCCCCAGUGGACUCAAAAUAGCAUCAGAGAUGUUGUCUAACGCUGCAGCUUCAAUCGGGUUAUAUCUUGACUGUGGUUCCAUCCAUGAGACCCCAUUGUCAAGUGGGGCUUCACACUUGCUAGAGCGAAUGGCUUUCAAAAGCACAACAAACCGUAGUCACUUCCGUAUUGUAAGGGAAGUAGAAGCAAUUGGUGGUAAUGUAGGAGCCUCUGCCUCUCGUGAGCAAAUGGGUUAUACAUUUGAUGCCUUGAAGACUUAUGUUCCACAAAUGGUUGAAUUACUGGUUGACUGUGUAAGGAACCCAGCCUUCUUGGAUUGGGAGGUCAAUGAAGAGCUUCGAAAGGUGAAAGCAGAGCUUGGAGAACUCUCUAACAAUCCCCAGGGCUUGCUUUUGGAAGCAAUUCACUCUGCUGGUUAUUCUGGUGCAUUGGCUUAUCCUCUUUUGGCUCCUGAAGCAGCACUGAACAGAUUGGACGGCGCCAUUUUAGAGGAAUUUGUUGCUGAGAAUUACACAGCACCUAGAAUGGUACUUGCAGCAUCUGGGGUUGAGCACGAAGAGCUUCUAUCUGUUGCUGAACCACUUCUCUCUGAUCUACCAAAAGUUCCUCGUCCUGAAGAACCAAAAUCUAUCUAUGUUGGGGGUGAUUUUCGUCGUCAUGGUGAAUCAGCGGGUACACAUGUUGCUAUUGCUUUUGAAGUGCCUGGCGGCUGGCAAACAGAGAGAGAUGCUAUUGUUUUGACUGUUUUACAGAUGCUUAUGGGAGGAGGUGGGUCAUUCUCCGCAGGGGGCCCAGGAAAAGGGAUGCACUCAAGGCUAUAUCUUCGUGUGCUGAAUGAAUAUCAACAGAUUCAAUCUUUUUCUGCAUUCAACAGUAUCUUCAAUAAUACAGGACUAUUUGGCAUUUAUGCAAGCACUGUAACUUCAACCAGAAGAUACUGUUUGGUCAGGGCGACCUAA